UCCCGGCCAGGCGGCCACCAGCAUCAGCGCGCGGAGUCUUCUACAGUUCUACUUCGCGCGGCGGAUGGCGUCGGCGUCGGGUUCGGGGGCUCCAGCAGCGGCGGAGGCGCUCCGCCGCCGCCGCAUCCUCUCCAGCCGGCUCUACCUCGACGACGCCCCGAGCUCCGGCUCCAAGGCACCAGUGGUCUACUCGGCGGCGUACGACAUCUCGUUCAACGGGAUGGAGAAGCAGCACCCGUUCGAUUCGUCGAAGUGGGGCCGCGUGCGCAGCUUCCUUGAGGACGCGGGGCUCCUCCAGAGCGACCGGAUCGUCGAGCCGCUCGAAGCCUCGGAGGAUGAUCUGCUUGUGGUGCACCCGGGGUCAUACUUGAACAGCCUUAAGAGCAGCGAGAAGGUUGCCCGCAUUGUAGAGGUUCCAGCAGUGGCGCUGCUCCCUAACUUGCUUGUUCAGCAAAAACUUCUUUAUCCAUUCCGGAAGCAGGUGGGUGGCUCUGUUUUAUCAGCCAAACUCGCACUAGAAAAGGGAUGGGCUAUAAACAUUGGUGGUGGCUUCCAUCACUGUUCGGCACAGGAAGGGGGUGGAUUUUGCGCCUAUGCUGAUAUUUCCCUGUGCAUCCAUUUUGCUUUCGUCUGUUUAAAUAUCUCAAGAGUAAUGAUCAUUGAUCUAGAUGCUCACCAAGGUAAUGGUCAUGAAAAAGACUUCGGCAGUGAGGGAAGAGUUUACACUUUGGACAUUUACAAUUCUGGAAUAUAUCCUUUUGAUCAUGUGGCUAAGAAGUACAUUGAUCAAAAGGUCGAGUUAGAUAGUGGGACAAAAACAGAAGAUUAUUUGGAGAAUCUUGAUAAGGCUCUCAAGGUAGCAAAAAGUAGAUUUCAGCCCCAGUUGAUUGUGUAUAAUGCUGGAACUGAUAUCCUAGAUGGUGACCCUUUAGGCAGACUAAAGGUUAGUCCAGAGGGUGUGGCUAUUAGAGAUGAAAAGAUUUUUAGAUUUGCAAAGGAUCAGAAUAUUCCUCUACUCAUGCUGACAUCAGGAGGCUAUAUGGAGUCAAGCGCUCGAGUUAUAGCAGAUUCAAUUAUCAACCUAUCGAAGAAAAACCUGAUAGAUAUAGGUACCCGCUGUAUAGAAGUUGAAUAAUGGUGAUAACUAUGUACUUGCCUGAUGGACGCACGCCGUAUAUGAGAAAUGUAACACUGAUUCUGUACUUGCACAUGUCAACCAGAUAAACGGAAAUUGUUUGAUGUGAAUGCUUUAACCCUUUGACUUAUUGUGGGAACCAUUA